UACAGUUCAAUGCCUCACUUCUCGCCGUUAAUAGUUUAACAAAAUUUAAAUUUUUCGAAAAAUAAAUUGUUGUUUUGAGAUUUUUCCAGAAGUUGGCAAUAGACAAUUAUUUAUGAAUUUGUAUCGUCAAAACUUUCAGUGAAACAAUUUCGAGAAUGCCAUCCAAGAGCGUUUCGGCUGUGCAACGUGUCACUAAAACAGUGAAGGUCUAUCAGCGCCAUUUUAGUGGCCGAACUUUAUUGGAAAAAAGUCAUGAUGCGUUGGGCAUGGGUAUCCAUAUGUGCCACAACCGAUCGUGGCCAGUACGCGAGGAAAGUUAUGCGGCUGUUAAACUACUGCUACAGAACCGUAAAUUGGGCAACUUUAAAAUUGGCACCAAUAAUGCGAAUAUGAAUUACACUAACGAAAUGAGCACAACUCCAGAACGCAACCUUUUGGCGAUAAGGCAUGUAUGUGCGAAACGAAAUAAAGAGGAUAAGUCAAAUGCCCAGUUGCUGGAGGAUUCAACUCAAGGUCAAGUUGAGUCAACUGAGAAAGCUGCACAGAAAGAUGAAAACGAAGACGUGGGCACUGUAGGAAAGGUGCUCUUUGAAAUAGACAAGAAGGAAGACGAUAAAGCGCGACAGCUCGAAGCGGAGGCGGAAUUGCUAAAGCGAGUGACCAAUCGUCGACCAGGUUUCCGCAGGACACUUUCAAAGAAAGUUAUUGCACCGUAUUCUACAUAUCACACUCACAGAAAUACCUGGGCUGAGUUUCGCCAUCGCAUGAUUUAUGGAGGUAUAGGCUAUUAGGCAUUUCAUCUCAUGGUACCCAAAAGCACACGCUCUUGCACACCACUUUCGGUUUUAACACAAUUUCGGUUGACAUUUUAUCCUUCAAUUUUCGAAAAUUCAACAAGUUUCUCGAAGAAACUAAAAAUUUAUGUUUCCUAUGCUAAUAUCAAUCUUGACCCCAGAGAAGAAUAA